CCCCAUUCGCUGCCUUCAACGACGCCGUCUGUUUGCUAUCGCGCCCAAGAAACCAGGAGAAACUCAAUCCCGUUUGCAACAACAAAAAAGUAGAAGGGAAAAGACACAUCCUGUUAGUCCAAAAUCCUCUUCAUUUCCGGAGAAAUUUUUCUGGGAAAGGAAAAAGUUAACAGAUUAUAACCCUAGACUUUGUUUUGUAUUCCCUGGUCGAAAUUUUGUUUUUGCCAAAUUAGCAGAAGGAAAUCUCCUACAAAGCUUGGUCAUGACUCAUGAUGAGUAUUUUCCAUGGUCCCUUAGCUAUUUGAAUCACCAAGUCAAAGUGUCAUCCUCUGAAAUAUUUAGUAUGGUGGCCAGGAAUUAAUCGAAUCUUGUCUACUUCGUGCCUAAUGGCUAGUUUGGAAGCUUUUGUGCAAGUUAUGUCCGGGACAUCGCCUAGCAUUUAUUGUUUUAAUCCAUGCUUUAGCAAUGUAAAUAGAGUAUUUUCUGUUCAAUCCGCUGUCAACAAUGUAAGAAGGAGAAGUUCGGUGGCAGAAAAAGUUCAUAGCAAUACAAGAACUUUACGGAAAGGCUUGAGGUUCAAUGCUGCAGAGGGUGGUUCAGAUGGUGUUUUUCAUGGAAAAACUGGAGUUAAUAGACUGGAGAAUAUGACGUGCAAAUGCCAACAGGCUGAAAGUGGUCGUGGGGUAACAGCUGAAGAUAAGAAUAGAAUAUUGUUUGGGGACGAACCAAAUAGACCAAUUCCAGUUCCUCAUAAUCCUAUAACUAGUUCACCUGAUAUUGAUGAAUUUAAGGUUGUUCAACAGCUGAAAAAUGAGAAUGGAGGCUUCACGUUAAAUGGUAAGCCACCUACAGCUGGAACAGUUCAAGAAAAAUUGGAAAACGUAAGGGCAAAUUCAAUUGAGGAUGAAGCAUGGAGUUUACUGCAAGAUUCCGUUGUUUAUUAUUGUAAUAAUCCAGUUGGAACUAUUGCUGCUAAUGACUCAAGCAGCACCAGUGUUCUGAAUUAUGAUCAAGUAUUUAUCCGUGACUUCAUACCUUCUGGGAUAGCUUUUCUUCUAAAGGGAGAGUAUGAUAUUGUGCGGAACUUCAUUCUUCACACCCUUCAAUUACAGAGCUGGGAGAAAACCAUGGAUUGUUAUAGUCCUGGUCAAGGAUUGAUGCCUGCCAGUUUUAAGGUUCGUACUGUUCCACUCGAUGGUGAUGAUUCUGCAACUGAAGAUGUCCUAGAUCCUGACUUUGGUGAAGCUGCAAUUGGUCGUGUUGCUCCAGUUGAUUCUGGAUUGUGGUGGAUUAUACUAUUACGAGCAUACGGAAAAUGCUCUGGAGAUCUUUCAGUGCAGGAGAGAGUUGAUGUACAAACAGGGAUUAAAAUGAUUCUAAAGCUGUGUCUUGCUGAUGGUUUUGAUAUGUUCCCUACUUUAUUGGUCACAGAUGGUUCUUGCAUGAUAGAUCGACGAAUGGGAAUUCAUGGCCAUCCUCUGGAAAUUCAGGCGCUGUUUUAUUCAGCAUUACUUUCUGCACGUGAGAUGCUUGCUCCUGAGGAUGCAUCAGCUGACCUUAUACAAGCACUUAACAAUCGUUUAGUUGCAUUAUCCUUCCACAUAAAAGAAUAUUAUUGGAUCGAUAUGAGAAAACUGAAUGAGAUUUACCGUUACAAGACAGAGGAAUACUCAUAUGAUGCUGUAAAUAAGUUCAAUAUCUAUCCAGAUCAGAUUCCUUCUUGGCUGGUGCAAUUUAUGCCUAGUAAAGGAGGUUAUUUGAUUGGAAACCUGCAGCCUGCUCAUAUGGACUUCCGUUUCUUUUCUCUUGGGAACUUAUGGUCUAUCGUAAGCAGCCUUGCAACACUGGAUCAGUCACAUGCCAUAUUGGAUCUUAUUGAAGCAAAAUGGGACGAACUAGUAGCAGACAUGCCACUCAAAAUAUGUUAUCCUGCUCUUGAAGAACAGGAAUGGCGUAUUAUCACAGGCAGUGAUCCCAAGAACACUCCUUGGUCUUACCACAAUGGAGGCUCUUGGCCAACAUUGCUCUGGCAACUCACAGUAGCAUCGAUAAAGAUGAAUAGGCCAGAAAUAGCCUUAAAGGCUGUCGAGACUGCUGAGAAACGCAUAUCUCGUGACAAGUGGCCUGAGUACUAUGACACCAAGAGGGCAAGAUUUAUUGGAAAGCAGUCACGGCUGUUUCAAACUUGGUCGAUUGCUGGAUAUCUUGUGGCGAAGCUUCUUCUUGCCAACCCAAGUGCCGCAAAGAUCCUUGUGAAUGAAGAAGAUUCAGAGCUUGCAAAUGCAUUCUCUUCCAUGAUCAGUGCAAGCCCCAGGAGGAAACGUGGAUGGAAAAAGAAGAGCUUCAUAGUUUGAUAUGUGUCUGAACCAAGGAAAUCUAUUUCGUAGACAGUUACAACUCUUUGUUUUCUAAAGCCACCGGGGAAUCAAGUAUAAUGAUGAGAUAGUUUUCAACAAGUUAUACCAUAGAAAACGAUGCUCAUAUUAUAAUGUACAGCAGCUGUGAAAUAGAACUUUGUGUGCUUUACCAAAGGAACAAGAUAAUAGAAGCACGGGAACGAGGUUUUAGUACCUAACUGAAGCAUUUGUGUAAAAUUGAUGUAUGUAGUAUUGGAAAUGAUAAUUAAUGUCCUUUCUGCUUUGGUUUGGACUUUGGAUAAUUUGCUUUUGUUUAUCUACGCACACAGGUUAAUAAAAAUAAUCUCAUUUCUCA